UGAGGAUUACAAUCCCGCCCCCCCAAGAUUUGGAUUAAUUUGGAUUUUUUGCGUCUGCCGAUCCUGGUUUGUCCCCUGCAUGAAAUUCUGGAGCUCCUGGUGCGAUGAAGUGCUGGUGGCCCCUCUGGUUCCGGAUUUCCCUGGUGCUGGCGGUGGAAGAAAAUCUCAUGAACACCAAGUUCGAGACGGCCGACUUAAGAUGGACAACUUACCCCACUCUGGAUGGCCAGUGGGAAGAGCUGAGCGGGCUGGACGAGGAGCAGAACAGCGUGCGGACCUUCGAGGUGUGCGGGGUCCGCCAACCCAACCAGAACAACUGGCUCCGGACCACUUUCGUCCCGCGCUCGGGCGCCACCUACGUCUACGCCGAGUUGCGCUUCACUGUGGUGGAGUGCUUCUCCAUCCCGCAGGUCACACGCGCGUGCAAGGAAACAUUCAACGUCUUUUUUUACGAGGCCGACUCUGACCUGGCCUCGGCCACCUUCCCGCCCUGGAUGGAGAACCCCUACGUCAAGGUGGACACGGUGGCGGCCGAGCAUCUCACCCGGAAGCGGGCGGGCAUGGAGGCUUCCGGGAAGGUGAACGUGAAGACCCUCCGCGUCGGGCCCCUCUCCAAGGCCGGGUUCUACCUGGCGUUCCAGGACCAGGGCGCCUGCAUGGCCUUGCUGUCCGUGCGGCUCUUUUACAAGAAGUGCCCGGCCGUCACCGUCAACUUCACACUGUUCCAGGAAACAGUGCCCCGGGAGCUGGUCAUGCCGGUCACCGGGCAGUGCGUGGCCAACGCCGUCAAGACCAGCUCCCGCCCGCUCAGCAUGUACUGCCGGGAGGACGGGCAGUGGGCCGACCAGGCCAUCACCGACUGCGCCUGCGUUGCGGGCUUCGAGCCCUCGGAGGAGAGCACCAAGUGCCGAGCCUGCCCCGUCGGCACGUUCAAGGCCGUCCAAGGGGAGGGGGGGUGCCAGCCCUGCCCCUCCUUCAGCAUGUCCACCUCCCCGGGGUCCAGCGAAUGUUCCUGCCGCAUCGGGUUCUAUCGGGCGACGAAGGAGCCGGUGACGAAGCAGUGCUCCACCACACCUUCUGCCCCACGCAGCAUCGUGGCGAAAAUCAACGGUUCGGUGGCCGUCCUGGAGUGGAGCGAACCUCUGGAAAACGGUGGCCGGGAUGACAUCUCGUACCACAUCAGCUGCAGCGAGUGCCCCGAACAGCAGAGCUGUGGGGAGUGUGCCCGCCUGGCCUACGCCCCCCGGUCUCGGGGGCUGAUGGGCCGCACGGUCACCGUGGAGGGCCUCCAGCCGUACAUCACCUACUCCUUCCAGAUCCAAGCGGUCAACGGCGUCUCUGACCUGAGUCAGAACCCACCCCAGUCGGACUCCAUCAAUAUCACCACCAACAAAGACGUCCCCCAGCCCGUUUCCGAGAUCGAGGAAACCUCGGUCAGUCCCAGUGGGGUCACCUUGGCCUGGCCGUUUAUCCAGCCGCCCACAGGGAGCAUCUUGGACUACGAGGUCAAGUAUUACGAGAAGGGUGUCGGUGGGCCCAUGUUUGUGAAGACCUCCGAGAACCGAGUGACUCUCUCUGGGCUGCGCCAAGGGGCUGUCUACAUUGUGCAAGUCCGGGCCCGUUCGGAGGCAGGAUACGGAAGCUUUGGGCCUGAAAAGGCCUUCCAGACCCAAGGGCCUGAGUCAGGGAACGGCACAGAUAAGUGGGCCCUCAUUGUUGGCACGGCGGCCUUAGGGACCCUCCUCAUCUUGGCCGUGGUCAUCGUAGCCGUGGUCUGCCUCCGGCACCAGGGAUCCUCUGCCUCGCGAGAACAAGAAUAUUCAGACAAACCUGGACAGUACUUGAUUGGACAUGGCACCAAGGUCUAUAUCGACCCUUUCACCUACGAGGACCCCAACGAGGCCGUGCGGGAAUUUGCAAAGGAGAUCGAUGUCUCCUACGUGAAAAUCGAGGAGGUCAUUGGCGCAGGUGAAUUCGGAGAGGUCUGCCGUGGCCUUCUGAAGGUCCCAGGCAAGAAGGAGAUCUACGUGGCCAUCAAGACCCUGAAAGGGGGCUACACGGAGAAGCAACGCCGGGAAUUCCUCAGCGAGGCCAGCAUCAUGGGCCAGUUUGAGCACCCCAACAUCAUCCGCCUCGACGGGGUCAUCACCAACAGCGUCCCCGUCAUGAUCAUCACUGAGUUCAUGGAGAACGGGGCCCUCGACUCGUUCCUGCGGUUGAACGACGGUCAGUUCACACCCAUCCAACUGGUGGGGAUGCUGCGGGGCAUUGCAUCCGGCAUGCGCUAUCUCUCCGACAUGAGUUACGUGCACCGGGAUUUAGCGGCCCGUAACAUCCUGGUCAACAGUAACCUGGUCUGCAAAGUUUCCGACUUUGGGCUGUCCCGCUUCCUGGAGGAAAAUUCAUCUGACCCCACUUACACCAGCUCUUUGGGUGGGAAGAUCCCGAUCCGCUGGACGGCCCCUGAAGCCAUCGCUUUUCGCAAGUUCACCUCCGCCAGUGACGUGUGGAGCUACGGCAUCGUGAUGUGGGAAGUCAUGUCGUUCGGGGAGAGGCCGUACUGGGACAUGUCCAACCAGGACGUGAUCAACGCCAUCGAGCAGGACUACCGGCUACCGCCCCCCACGGACUGCCCCACGUCUCUGCACCAGCUGAUGCUGGACUGCUGGCAGAGGGACCGCAACGCCCGGCCUCGCUUUGCCCAGAUUGUCAACUCUCUGGAUAAGCUGAUCCGGAACCCAGCCAGCCUCAAAAUCGUCUCACGGGGAAACGGAGGGCCGUCCCACCCCCUGCUGGACCAGCGCCUGCCCCACUACUCUUCCUUCGGCUCUGUCAGUGACUGGCUCCGCGCCAUCAAAAUGGGCCGCUACGAGGAGAGCUUUGCCAACGCCGGGUUCACCUCCUUCGAGCUGGUCAGCCAACUCUCCUCCGAAGACCUGCUCCGGAUCGGAGUGACUUUGGCCGGGCACCAAAAGAAGAUCUUGUCCAGUGUCCAAAACAUGCGUGUCCAGGGCAAGGCGGGCUCAUCUGCAGGGGCCAAAGCGGGACAGUACUGACCAAAGGCUUGGCCGGAGAAGCACAGAGUCGCCGUCUCCACCUCUUAACCCUUUUUGGGGAGGGGGCAGCAAAGAGCAACGGGCUGGGGAAGACGCCUCCUCCUGACCCCCCACGCCAGCGCCCAUCUGCCCUGCUCCUCUCGCUUCUCCCGAUUUAUUUCGCCCUUCCCCACUUUGGGGAAGGGUUCCCAAGAAGAUGUAAGGCCCGACGGACCUUUGCAAGGACCUUCUCGGAAAGAUUCGUUUUCAGUCUGCUUCUCCAAGGGCCCUUUCAUGGCAAGGGAAGCUGGGUCCUUGGGGUG